AUGCUCGGUGCUUCCUCCGACUGGCGGCGUGUAGUGGACAGUGCCGGCGGCAAGGAUGUCCAACUGCAAGCUGUUGAUGGGAGCUACCACCUUGCGGCCAACUACGGAGACGACCGGGCCCAUAUAGAAGUGGCACUUGCGGAGGUCUGCGCGUUCUAUGCAAAAGGCUCUCAAAAAGGAUCAUAUCCUGCUAUCAAGAUCCUGGUGUUCACGAUGACUCAAAGAAGGCUACCGGCAUGGAAUCCGACGCUGAAGAAUCAUUUGCAGUUCCCGACCAUCGCCGACAUCAUUGGCGCCAGCGUUAUUCGCUCACGUCGCCCAACUUUUCUGGAGACCGUCAAGCCUCCCACGAUCAGCACCACACCCGCCAUCAACAUUGACAUCGAAAUCACCGCUAUUGACACGACCAUCACAUCCACUGACCUCGACGUCUCUGCCAUCGACACGACCGCCCACCCCAUCGACUUCGACUUCUCCAGCAAUACCUGA